AUCUUGUUUAGGGACCUAAUCGUUUAUUUUAUUUUAUGCGCUAUAAUACUCACAGAGUGUUGCAAUCCAAACCCUCGUACGCAAAAGUAAAACCUCUCCCUCCUAUUUCUUGCAUCUCGUUUUCGAUUCUGUGACCCAUCUCACUGCCAGUUUUUUUAGGGUUGAGAUUUUAAACGAAAAAAGAAAAGGAUGAGUGGAGCAGAGAAAGGUUCAGGAAGCACAAAAACCCCAGCUGAUUUCCUCAAAUCCAUUCGUGGUAGACCAGUUGUUGUCAAGCUCAACUCUGGUGUUGACUAUAGAGGUAUCCUAGCUUGUCUAGAUGGUUAUAUGAAUAUUGCAAUGGAACAAACAGAGGAGUAUGUUAAUGGACAACUCAAGAACAAGUAUGGUGAUGCAUUCAUUCGAGGGAAUAAUGUUCUAUACAUCAGUACCUCAAAGAGGACUCUAGCAGAAGGCGCUUAAAAGUACAGGAAUCCAAAUAUAUGUUGGUUUGAAAGACACUUGUAACUUUUAAUAUUAUGCAGACUGUCUUUACUUAGCAGCUGUUGCCUAACUGAAGCUUUUUUACUUCAUGUUUGUCAUGGUAAUUUAGUUGCUAUGGAUAUGUAUUAAGGCAAAACAUCAUUUUAAAAUACUUGAUGGCGUAUCUUGGCAGAACAUUUUAGCUUAGUUUGGAAUUUUGAAAUAGUAGUAUUAAAUGUUAUUACUUC